AUGCAGAGCCCCCGACUCUGCCCACUCGCCGUCGAUAUGGGCCCCAUUCAUUCCGUUAAGUGGAUAAAGCCUACUAAGUCUACUAACCCUAGCUCCCCCGAGGAUUCCCAAAAGGACCCUAAUCCCGAGAACACCGUCGCUACGAAAUCCCAGCCAGCACCUCCCUAUGAGUUAUCCUUCGCAUCUCAUUCGAAAUGCUACAUGCGCCAUCCCUGGGGCGUGAUCGACUACUACGUCUACCUCUCACACAUCGAAAGCGGGCGCGACAAGCUCCGUCGCGAGAAAGAGUGCCACCUCCUAGAAACCACCGGCUUCGCACAAGUCACCCUACACGAUGAGCCAGUCCUCAACAACAUCCCAGCCUACACAAACCCAACAGUGGUCUCCGUCAGCCUCCCCGUCCCCGACAUGCAGAACGAAUUUAGCAACGCCAGAUUGGUGCUGGGCUUCGACCUAGAGUCCGACCGCUUGCAGGGUUAUUUCUUCGAGCCCGAGUCCCCUAUCGAGAACUACGAGGACCUCUGGGGCGUCUGGGACCAGGGCGAGGGCCAGCUCGUUAUUGACGUUCCCGUCGACCGUUUCCUGGCAAUUAUUCACCAUACUAUGGAGCAUCAGAUUGAGAUCCUGGAGAUCGGCGUCCUGCACCACUAUGGUCUGUCUACGCGCGAGUUCCAGGCUGGCUUGGACAUGGUUGUUACUGUGCAGUUCUUGCAGUUUGUGGAUGACUUCGCUGAGCUCCUGUCCGAGAAGCCUGAUGAGCUUCGUGAGCUUUAUACGCCUUUCCAGAAUGAACUGCGGGAAUUACUUGCGACUGGCUCCCGGGAUGCUUGGUUUGCUGUUCGUGAUGGACUGGAUAUCGAGCAGUAUCGCCAGAAGCAGUUGAAGAAGGUUGUUGCCUCCGGUUUGUUCCAUGGACAGAAUAUGCUCGUGUUGCGAUAUGGGUCUGAGGAGAUUACCGAAAAGGAUAAGUCUCGUCCGGUUAAGAUUGUUCCAGGCCCGCGUCGGUCGUCAUGGUCAAAGCUGCGGAUCCGGGUUUUGGUGAGUGCGAUGUUGAUUCUUUGCUUCUGUUCUCUCUUCGAUCGUGAGCGGGUUAUCUGCAUGGGGAUGUUUUGA